AUGGAGUCCAAUCAGAGCAUAACCGCAGAACAACCGCGAUCGUUUACCCGAGGGAGACUGUCGCGUGGCAAGGGAUUGCGCAAAACCACAGGAUGGCAAUUAUUCAGCUUGAAUUGUCGUCGACGACACAUUAAAUGCGACGAGAUCAGGCCGCGUUGCGGUGGCUGCACCCGAAAAAAAACUCGUUGCGAAUAUGGCAAAGUUCAGGGCACAAAUAGGCGCACUCGACAGCAAACAAGUCCCAUAACCUCAAACCAAGAGAAUUGUAACGCCGAAGUCCCCCACCAUGAACAAGCAGCUUCUCCUAGCGGAGCUACUAUCACGGCAGAGCCUACCUCCUUGAGGCAACAGCAAGACCAGCCUCGCGACGAGAUAAGUGUACAGGACGCGCAUCUGCCUACGGAUGAUCAAAUCUUGCCCGCCAAUAGUUCGCAAUCAUACGAUACUAUUGUUGUGGAGCAUACAGAGACUAACCAGGAAACAAGGAACGUAAAUACGCAGUUUGGACAGGUACCCCCCAACAGCCUCGGGUCGCACACCGACUAUGGAAAUGGGACUUAUCCUUAUCUCGAUUCUAUAGUUUACGGUCUGCCAUCGCCCGUUCAGCUUCCAUACCACCCCAUAUCUAUGUCAUAUGGAAGCUCUCCGGAUGCUUCACUGACGUUGAAAUGGUUAGAUCUCCUGGUCGGAGACGCGGCCAUCACUCAUGGACCAUUGCCUGAGACCAAUCCUGGUCCAGAUGGCCCCAACAUAUUUGGCAAUUCCGCUGCGCAGUCCCCAUCGAUAUCAGGAGAAGCAGGUGCAUCUUACGAUAACGACCAAAUCGGACCACCUGAGCCACAUACGAACGGGUUGAGAGUCGAGACGCGCAAUACGUACUUACGAGAACGCAUUCCUUCUCGAGAAGACGGAUCUCGCGAGAAACACCAAACGUGGCAGGCAUCAGAGCCUAUUAGUCUUCAAACACAAGAACUCACAUUGUUCCGCCACUUUACAGAACAAAUUAGUCAAUGGUUACACAAUGUUGGACUCAUGAACGCCAUCCUCGCUCUUUCUGCCCGUCAUCUCGACAUACUGAAUCGCGAUAUGCCUGCUAAUGCGGCAGGGUUACGCCCGACGCAUGAUGACACCAUCGACUACUACUACAAGACGCUUCACUACUGCCAAGAAGCCAUGCAAUACCAUAGCUAUAAGACGAGCCUCGAGCUCUUAGCCAGUGCCUUCAUCAUCUCAGCUUACGAAAUGCUCGAUGGCUCUAAUGCGGAUUGGGAGAAGCACCUUAAAGGUGGUUUUUGGAUACAACGUUCUCAAACAAUCCAUGGACACUCUGACGGGUUGAGACAAGCAGUUUGGUGGGCUUGGCUGUGCCAGGAUGUUUGGGCAGCCUUCCGUGAGAAACGCAAACCAUUUACGUUCUGGAUGCCGAAUCGUCAUCUGGCUGACCUAACACCAAGUGAAUUAGCAGCGCGCUCCAUUUACAACUUUGCACAUGUCGUUGGGUUCUGUGCCAGAGAUGAUCCGUCCACAAUUCCGGAUUACAUAGCUGUCAAGAUGCAGGAAGCUGAUAGACUCUCUCGACAGCUAGAAGAUUGGGCCUCUUAUCUGACUUGCGAGUUUCAGCCUCUUCCUAUGCCUACUCCAGGUUCUGAAAAGAAUCCGUUUCCAAAAAUCUGGAUCCAGCCACCCUCUUUUGCUGCAUCAAUGCAAGUUUACUACUGCUCACUUAUACUACUGAAUUUGCACCGACCUUGCGCUGGUGGAUACCAAGAUUAUCUAAGUAAGCAAAAAACGUUAAGGCGAUGGGCUAGUACAGUGUGUGGCAUCGCCAAAGUCUCGAGUGAUUAUGCAUCCAGCGUCUUAUCUUCACAAUGUGUUUUUAUCGGUAAAUACUCUAAACCAUUCUUGUUCGUUACUUAUGGAUUAGAAAACUAA